CUUCACCACAGUGAACAGCUCAGCGGGAAGGAGAGGUCUCUAACACUGUCUGAGGACCAAGUCUAAACUCCUCUUCCCCCUCUGGUCCACCCGUGCAGCUCGACCAUGGUUCUGUGUGAGGACGGCGAGUGCAGCGUGUGCCUCUCGGCGUACUCGCGGGCAGACCGGGUCCCCCGGGUGCUCCACUGCAGGCACACCUUCUGCGAGCUGUGCCUGGAGACCAUGUCGCAGACCAGGAGCGGCCUGCUCACCGUGGCCUGCCCUCUGUGUCGCCGGGUGACCUGCAUCGGCCGCGGCCUCAGCCUGCAGGAAGCUCUGUGGGUCAACAGCAGGCUGUGGGAGCAGAUAGAGGAGGUGGAGGAGGAAGUGGAGGAGGAAGAGGACGGCCUGAGGCAGGAAGCUGAGGGGGAGCGGAUAGAGGCCAAACAAGAACCCUCGUUACAAGCAGAAUGCGUUUCCUCAAGCAGCACGAGAGCAAAGCUGAAAUUACCGGCAUUCUUCAAAAAGUUCAGUUUGAUGAAGCAGCACAGAGAGAGGAUCGUGCCCAGCAGCAACGUGGAAAUUAAAUCCUGGCGCAGACUGUCCACUGAAGAGACACUUUAAAGAAGAAGAGCUGGAUCGAGAGUGACCCUACACAUUCUCACGAUAUCAAAUGCAACUUGAAGACCUGACUCAGCCUCGUCAGUGGAAGGAAAGUUGUGGCCAUGAGGAACAGGAUCCAUUUGUGUUCCUGUCAACACGUUGUUUUGUCCUCAGCCAAAGGCGCCCCUGUCUCCGCAUUAUUUAUUCUAGGCUUGAUUCUCCCAGCUGGAGCUGUGGGAUUUGGUUCAGCUGUCCCCGAGGGGCUGACACCCCGAGACCCCUGAGACCCCUCGUCACAGCAGAUGGUCUCCUGAGGACGUUCCCUUUUACAUCGG